AUGGAAGCCAUUACCCAUCUUUUUGUCUUCUCUUUCUUUUUCUCCUUCCUCUUAAGAACCUCCAUUACACAAGACACUCUUGCUCCAACUCAAUCAAUCAGAGACGGUGACACUUUAGUUUCAGCCGGCCGAUCAUUUCAAUUGGGAUUCUUCAGCCCAGGCAAUUCCAUAAGCCGAUAUCUGGGAAUAUGGUACACAAUUUCUUCGGAGACAGUUGUAUGGGUAGCCAACAGAAACGCUCCCCUUAACGAUCACUCGGGAGUUUUAAAAGUCAGUGAUGGCGGAAUUCUUGUGCUUCUUAAUAGCACCAAUGGUGUUGUUUGGUCAACGAAUGCAUCAAGAACUGCAGAAAAUCCAGUUGCGGAGCUCUUGGACACCGGUAAUCUUGUUGUGAGGGAUAGGAAUGAUGACGACCCAGAUGACUAUUUGUGGCAGAAUUUCGAUUAUCCUUGUGACACUCUCCUACCGGAAAUGAAGCUUGGAUGGAACUUGGGAAUUGGUCUUGAUAGGUUUUUAUCAUCUUGGAAGAGCACGGAUGAUCCUGCUCCAGGUGACUUUUCGGUCCUGAUAGAUCCUCGCGGGCUUCCGCAACUGGUUCUUAUGAAUGGAGAUUCAAGACAGGCUAGAGCAGGGCCGUGGAAUGGCCUUAGUUUUACGGGUCAUGGGUCGGGUCAUGGUAUAAGACCGAAUCCUGUGUUUGCGUAUGAAUUCGUGUUGAAUAAGAAGGAGGUCUAUUACGAGUACAAACUCAUAAACACUUCUGUUUUCUCAAGAUAUGUUGUAAACCCAUCAGGCGUUGCGCAGCGAUUCAAUUGGGUGGAUCGAACACAGAGUUGGGAGCUUUUCUUUACAUCGCAGGCAGAUGAGUGCGAAAAUUAUGGCUUAUGCGGUGGAUAUGCUACCUGCAACAUCAAUAAGUCUCCUAUAUGUGCAUGCUUGGAAGGAUUCUUACCCAAGUCUCCAAAACAUUGGGAUUCAGCAGAUUGGCAUGAUGGGUGUAUUCGAAGGACUCCUUUGGAAUGCAAUGACGGAGAUGGAUUCCUGAAGCGCACAGGGGUGAAAUUGCCCGACACAUCUUCUUCCUGGUAUAACAAGAGCAUGAGCCUCCAGGAAUGCGAAGGAAUGUGUUUGAAAAAUUGCUCCUGCACAGCAUAUUCAAGUUUAGAUGUGAGAGGGGGAGGAAGCGGCUGCGUGCUUUGGUUUGGUAGCCUUGUUGAUAUUAUAGAAUUCGCUGAGGGUGGGCAAGAGCUCUAUAUAAGGAUGGCUAUUUCAGAACUGGAUCAUCUCGAGAAAAAGAGGUACUUCAGCAAGAAGAAACUAGUAGCAAUUAUAGUCAGUUCAACAUUUCUAGUCGUGGGAAUGACAGUACUUGCACUGUUCUCAUACAUAUGGAAGAAGAAACUCAAAAACCAAGGAUGCCCCAUGCGCGCUAUUUCAGGAAUGGCAAAAAGAAGUGAGAGGAAGAAUUAUGAUAAUGAAGGUGGGAAGGAAGAUAUGGAGUUAACGAUAUUUGAUCUGGCUGUAAUAGCUAAUGCCACAGAAAAUUUUUCUAAACACAACAUGUUAGGAGAAGGUGGCUUUGGACCUGUGUACAAGGGUACAUUGCAAGGGGGGAAAGAUAUAGCUGUGAAGAGGCUUUCAAAGAAUUCUGGACAAGGACUGAACGAGUUGAAAAAUGAAGUUAUUUUGAUUGCCAAACUUCAACACCGUAAUCUUGUGAAAAUUCUCGGUUGUUGCAUUCAAGCCAAUGAGAACAUGUUAAUCUAUGAAUACAUGCCUAACAAAAGCUUGGACACCUUUAUUUUUGAUCAAACAAAGAGUAAAUUACUAGAUUGGCAGAAGCGCAUCAACAUUAUUCAUGGUGUUGCUAGAGGGCUUCUCUAUCUUCAUGAAGACUCUAGACUAAGAAUUGUCCAUAGAGAUCUCAAAGCUAGCAAUAUCCUUUUAGAUACCAAUAUGAAUCCAAAAAUUUCAGACUUUGGCUUGGCUAAAUCAUUCGGGGGAGAUCAAAUUGAUUCCAAGACCAAAAGGAUUAUUGGAACAUUUGGUUAUAUGUCUCCCGAGUAUGCGGUGUAUGGACGAUACUCAAUAAAAUCUGAUGUAUUUAGCUUCGGAGUUUUAGUAAUAGAGACAAUGAGUGGGAAGAAGAAUAGGAAAUUCUGUCAUCCAGACAACAACCUUAAUCUUCUUGGACAUGCAUGGAAAUUAUGGAUUGAAGAGAGGCCAAUGGAGCUGAUUGAUGAAUUGGUAGGUGACUUAAGUUGUCUAUCUAAUGUAUUACGACACAUUCAUGUGGGUCUAUUAUGUGUGCAAGAAAAACCGGAGGAUAGACCAAACAUGUCGUCUGUGGUUCAAAUGUUGAGCAGUGAUUAUUUAUUGCCUAAACCAAGGCAGCCGGGUUUCUUUACUAAUUCAAUUGAAGUAAAUCCGCAUACAACUUGUUCAGCAAAUGGAAUCUCCAUUACAUUGUUGGAAGCACGGUAA